GCCGUUUUGCGAUGCCAACUUCAUAAAAAUCUCUCUACAUUCGGCCAUUUUGGUCGUAGACACCGUCGUUUGCGUACGUUUUGUGCUUUGUUCUUAAAUUCAAUUCACGAGUCCCUAAUUACACAACUUGACUCAAGAUGGUUAGGGAGAACAAAGCCGCCUGGAAAGCUCAAUACUUCCUAAAAGUUGUCGAACUCUUCGACGAAUAUCCUAAGUGCUUCAUUGUCGGUGCUGAUAAUGUCGGCUCCAAGCAGAUGCAAAAUAUCCGUACCAGCUUGCGUGGUUUGGCUGUUGUGCUCAUGGGUAAGAACACUAUGAUGCGCAAAGCUAUCCGCGGUCAUUUGGAGAACAACGCUCAAUUGGAAAAGUUGUUGCCACACAUUAAAGGCAAUGUUGGCUUCGUAUUCACUAAAGGCGAUUUGGCUGAAGUACGUGAUAAGUUGCUUGAAUCGAAAGUGCGUGCCCCAGCCCGUGCUGGCGCUAUUGCCCCAUUGCCCGUCGUCAUUCCGGCCCAAAACACUGGUCUGGGUCCCGAGAAAACUUCUUUCUUCCAGGCUCUCUCCAUUCCGACCAAGAUUUCCAAGGGUACAAUUGAAAUCAUUAACGACGUGCCCAUUUUGAAACCUGGUGACAAGGUCGGUGCUUCCGAGGCUACUUUGCUAAACAUGUUGAACAUUUCACCCUUCUCGUACGGUUUGGCCAUCACCCAAGUGUAUGACUCCGGUUCCAUUUUCUCGCCUGAAAUCUUGGACAUCAAGCCCGAGGAUCUCCGCGCGAAAUUCCAAGCUGGUGUUGCCAAUUUGGCCGCUGUGUCUUUGGAGAUUGGUUACCCAACCAUUGCUUCCGCGCCACACAGCAUUGCCAAUGGCUUCAAGAAUCUGUUGGCAAUUGCUGCUGCAACCGAAGUCGAGUUCAAGGAAGCUGCUACCAUCAAGGAGUUCAUCAAGGAUCCCAGCAAAUUUGCUGCCGCCGCUGCUGUGGUUGCUCCUGCUGUUGGUGCUGGCGCUGCUGCCGAAAAGAAGGAAGAAGCUAAGAAGGAGGAAUCGGAGUCUGAAGAGGACGACGAUAUGGGUUUCGGUCUAUUCGACUAAAGAAGGCAACAGAAAGCAAUUCAACUUUGCCAUUACGCUUUUUUCGAGUAUGAGCCUUUGGAUUUUACGAAGCAUUCUGGAUAUAUUGACAGUUGUAAGACGGAAUUUUUUAGAAUAUAUUGCGAUUUUUUGCGCAUUUCUUUGUUAAUUGGUAAAUUAUUGUCGUGGUUUGACACACCCAAUGGCAAGUUACCGGCACAGGGGAGUGCGUUUCAAAAUCUAAACUAUUCAUUAGUAAAAUCGGACUUUAUACAAGGAAUAAAGUUGUAAUUAGUAUUUA